AUGAAGGAUCAAACACCCAACACCAGUGUGGAGGAUCUGCUGAGGCAGUCUCAGAUGGAGUUACAGUGGAUCCAAAGGCAGCUGGCUUUGAUUGCUGCCAGAAACGUACACCAUCACCACCUGCACACCAAGGGCAAGUCAAGAUAUGAGGUGUCAUCCCAGCCAACAUCUGGACACUCUGCGGUCCACUACGUGAACCGCUUUCGACUGCUGGAGGAGAAGAACCGAACAUUAAAAUUUGAAGUAGCCACUUUGCGACAAGAGAGACAACAGUAUAAGAAACUGUCCCUGGUGUUUUGUGUCUGGGAUGGCUUGAAUGAUUGGGACAGGAGCAUGCAGUGGACUGAACACCAAGGACAAGUUCAUGAAAAAGCGAAGCUCCAUGCUGCCUUGCAGGAGAAAAACCGUCUGAACCUUCAGCUGAUCGGCCGCCACCUGAAAGCAUCAAAGUAUGACCAGGUGCAAUCUGACUAUGACCAGCUGAGACAAACCUUCACUGUCGUGAGCCGGGAGCGAGACGCGGCCCAGCAGCAGAGGACCCAGCUUCAGGCCAAAGUGGAUAACCUGGAACAGGUUCUAAAGCAUAUGCAUGAAGCUGUAAAGCUGAAGCAGCAGUUGCAGACAGAGCAUGAGCAAGCCUUGGUGGCCCUUCAUACCAAGCAGAAGGAGAUCAAUCAACUGCAAAAGGAGUGGUUUCAAAUUGGCCAAGAACACGAUGAAGCCGUACAUCUGUUAGAGGUCAAAGUUUCUGACCUGGAGCACAAAUGCAGAUCUCACAGUGAACACUUCCACCAGCUUUCGAAAGAGCUGCUGAAUUUUCGCUUGCAAUCACAGCCGGUGAAGAGCCUCGACAAUAGUCCAGCGUCCACGUCCUGGACCUCGUCUUCUGCAGUGAAGAGACUUUCACAAGUAGUUUUUGGAUUUGAAACCCAGCCAAACAGAGGUGAUGAGAGUGUGGCAACUACGCCCCUUCUGAUUGCACAGGUCUUGCCAACCACCCAACAUACUGGAGACAGACAGCCGCCAAAACUUCUGUCUGCCAAAUCGAGCACCGUGAGAGCGGACCGCCCCACCAGCCCUCAGCAGCCUUCCCCAUCAGAAAUGGAGGAUGAGGCCAGCCCCUCACCCAGGUCCAAACCUCGCUACACAGGCCAGGUCCGGCUUUGCACUGCCCGUUACAGUUACAACCCUUAUGAUGGACCAAACGAGCAUCCCGAAGCAGAGCUCCCCCUUGUGGCUGGAAAGUAUCUGUACGUGUAUGGAAACAUGGAUGACGAUGGCUUCUAUGAAGGGGAGCUUCUGGACGGCCAAAGAGGACUUGUUCCUUCCAACUUUGUGGAAUUUGUCCAAGACAAGGAGAAACCCUGUGGGGAGGGAGGGGAGGACCUGGGGCCUCUGGACCACGCACCUCUGGCCAUUAUGGCAGCAGAUGGCAUUGCCUCCCAGGAUGGCCUGCUGGGCUCAAGUAAUGCCUUGGUUCCGUACAGCAACGGGACCGGCGGGCCUUUGGACCCCGAAGACUUAGCCGAAGAUGUUGUGCCUUACCCCCGUAAGAUUACCUUGAUUAAGCAGCUGGCACGCAGCGUUAUUGUGGCCUGGGAGCCUCCGGCAGUGCCUUUAGGCUGGGGGAACGUCUCUGGCUACAACGUUUUGGUGGACGGGGAACUUCGUGCCAGCUUGCCGUUCGGCGGCCGGACCAAGUGUUUGCUGGAGAAGCUGGAGCUGGACGGCUGCAUUUACCGCGUGUCGGUGCAGGCCGCCACCGACCGGGGCCUGUCGGACGAGCUCCGCUGCACCUUGCUGGUGGGAGCCAACGUGGUGGUGGCGCCGUGCGGCCUGCGAGUGGACGACAUCCAGCGCGACACUGCCGAGCUCUCUUGGUUGCCUAGCAACAGUAACUACGGCCACACUGUGUUCUUAGACGGAGCGGAGCACGCAGCGGUAAAGCCGGGAAGGUAUAGACUACGCUUUCUCAACCUGAAGCCUCUUACGGUGUACAAAGUGUCCGUGGUGGCACAGCCCCACCAGGUACCAUGGCAACUGCCCCUGGAGCAGAGAGAGAGAAAAGAAGCCGGAGUUGAGUUUUGCACUCAAGCAGCAGGUCCAACAGCAUUUUGCAGAACAGGCCCCCCGCUGCCUCCCCAUGAUGUGCAGGUGCUUUGUGGGCAAGCUCCAGGGGUCCUGCAGGUCAGCUGGAAGCCUCCUCUCCUCUCUCCCACGGGGACGUCUAAUGGGGCAAAUGUCAUUGGCUAUGCAGUCUGCACUAAAGGACAGAGGAUAGCUGAGGUGUUAUUCCCUAUGGCAGACUAUGUGACUGUUGAACUGACGAGGAUUCAAUGCCUGGAGGCCAGAGAAGUCAUCGUUAGGACGCUGUCAGUACAGGGAGAAUCCCAGGACUCCCACGUCGCCGUCAUUCCAAACAACCUGCUUGUGCCUCUACCGCCGAUCCCCCUGCCCCCACCGAUGCACCCUCACGCUGGUCCCCCUCCACACCCCCACGCUCCGCCCCACCUCCAGUCUCCUCACCUUCCUCACCCCACACCCCAGCUUCCCGCUCCCCCCCACGGGCAGCCGCUCCCACCCCAUCCCUCGCACCCUCAAGCCCACCCGAGACUUCCCCAUCCGGCGGGGUCCCCUCAGCCCCAACUCCGCCUCCCGCAUCCCCAGGCCCAGCCCUUACAUCUCCAACCUCAUCCACCCCUCCAGGGUCCCAGGCCCCAGCACCAACUGCCUCUGCUGCCCCACCCCCAGCCCCACCCUAUACCUCAGAGAUCAGUAAGUGCCCGAGACCUGGAUGCCAAAGAGCACACGGCCCACCACGGAGGAGCUAUCCCGCCCGGCCCGCCGGGCUGGGACCCCGCACGGUCUCCUUCACAGCCUCCCGUCCCCAUGCAAGUUCACACUCUGGAGGCCCCUCCCCUCGCCAACCCUCGCUCGCCCUCCCCUCAGAGGAUUCUUCCUCAACCGCGCGGCACGCUCAUCCCGGACACCAUGGCCAAAGCCAUUGCUCGAGAAGCAGCCCAGAGGGUGGCGGCGGAAAGUGGCAAGGGAGACAGAAGGCAGGGCAGGUAUGGAGAGCAGGGUCAUUCUUUUCACCAGCAUCACUCCGAUGACGAAGAGGAAGAUGAGGAAGGCUUCGAACGAGGUCGUCGAAGAGGGCCCUCAGUCGAUGAGUUUCUCAGAGGCUCUGAGCUGGGCAGGCCGCCUCACUAUAGUCACAAUGAAGAUUAUCACAGCGAAAGCAGCCGGGGCUCUGACCUGUCUGACAUCAUGGAAGAGGAUGAGGAGGAGCUGUACUCUGAGAUGCAGCUGGAAGAGGGACGGCGACGCAACUCACACAACACACCCAAGACAAACACUCCGGCCGGAGGCCGCCAUGACCGGGACAGUGGGAGACGUGCUCAUCAUGGCGGUCCUCAGCCUCAGAGGCGACCUCUAAUGGUCCCCUCCAUAGAAGUAACCUCUGAGAAUAACUGUGAGGGAAACCUCUCCCCCAUCACCGAGGAUGUUAACUAUGGCAGAGUAGCUCGGCACAGGAAGUGGUCACCUCGCAGGCACAUGGGCGGCAUCAGGUCUCCCCAUGAUGGCCACAGGGAUCGGGAUCGCCGAUCUCCCACGUACUAUGACGAGUCAGAGCCUGAGGAGCCUUUUCGGAUAUUUGUGGCCCUCUUUGACUACGAUCCUCUGUCAAUGUCCCCCAACCCAGAUGCUGCUGAUGAGGAGCUCCCCUUUAAAGAGGGGCAGAUCAUCAGGAUUUACGGCGACAAAGACACAGAUGGGUUUUACAGAGGAGAGGUGAGAGGCAGGAUGGGGCUGAUCCCCUGUAACAUGGUGUCAGAGAUAAGAGCAGACGACGAGGAGACCAUGGACGAGCUCAUCAAACAGGGCUUUCUUCCACUCAGCACCCCGGUGGACAGAAUAGAGCAGAACAGAAGAGGCGCCCGUCGGGAUCAGGCCUCAAGGAGAAUGGUGGCCCUGUAUGACUACGACCCGAGAGAGAGCUCGCCUAACGUUGAUGUUGAGACUGAGCUGACAUUCUGUGCCGGUGACAUCAUCGCUGUUUUCGGAGACAUCGACGAGGAUGGGUUUUAUUAUGGGGAGAUCAAUGGUCAUCGUGGUCUGGUUCCCUCUAACUUCCUGGAAGAAGUGCCUGAUGAUGUGGAAGUGUAUCUGACGGAUACCCCAUCCCACUACCCCCAGGAAGAGCCUACCAACCGGCCCCCUGCCAACUCUGCCGCCAAUGUAACAGAGGGAAAACGGGUUACCACAGAAACCCCUGACACUGCCAACAACAUCACCACACCCGUCCGGGCGCCAUCCCCAAUUGUUCGCCCACUCCUCCCGGGUACCAUGAGACCCCUCAGCCCUGCAAGGGGUCCCCACAUCCCGCUGGACACCAGCGACCCCAGAGAUCUGGCAAAUAAGAAGAAGAAGGGACUACUUUCCAAGGGAAAGAAACUCCUGAAGAGACUCUCCCCUGUUAAAUAA